AUGAGUAAAAGAAAAGAAAUAGAAUUGAAUGAUGACAAAGAUCAUCAGAGGGAGAAACAAUAUACAAAAGAAGAGUUGGAGAGACUGUACAAACAAGAUGUGUACGAGAUAUGUUUGAAGAGAGGGAUUAAUAUUGGAGCACAAGUCACAACCAAAACAAUAAAAGAAGAGUUGAUAAAGAGGGUAAUAGAACAACAACAACAACAACAACAACAACAACAACAACAACAACAACAACAACAAAGGGAGGAGAAUAAUAGUACAACUACAACAAUAACAAAUUGUUCACUACCAUGGUAUAUCAUCAAAAGAAUAUUGACUUUGGCAGUCAACUAUUCAAACAUGUGUACAUGUGUGUACAGUGAUCAACUAAAAAACCUUGUUUGUGAACGUGAUUCAAGUAUCAAUUGUAUAGAAAUGAAGGUAUUUGCAUACAUGCAAAUGCGGCCACAAAUCAAACAACAGUUACCUCGUCGACAAGAUAUGUGUCCUACACACCAAUACUUUUAUGAUAAAGAGUAUACACCAUCGAUCAAAUUUACAAACUUUUAUAAAUACGAUGACGAAUAUGGAUAUGGAGAUAACAACAAGAGUUAUCGUAAACUGAUGGACGAUAGUAAAAGAUGGAAACGACAGUCAUUGGCAAUGGUAUCAAAAAGAGUAUUUGAGUUGGUGUCGACCACUCUCUACACUGACCUUGUCAUGCGACCCACCAAGGAAAUGUGGAGUCAUUUCAAAAACAAACAUUGUAUCAUCAAGAGACCUACCACUUUGACCGUCCUCAACAGAAUAACUACAAUAAUUGGAAAACCUCUUGAUAUUAUAUUCUUUGUAUCCGAUCAUCAUCAAGGUGACGACGACCAAACCACACCAAGAGAUCUAUUCAGUCAAGUACAAAAGAUCAAUCUCAAGGGCUCAUUCCUCACAGACAGCGCUGUCAAUAUAAGAAAGCUUGCCGAGACCAUACCCAACCUAACCACUAUUAUACUGGAACGCACAGUCCAUCCAUCUAUCGCCAUUGCAUUGCUCACCAGUUUUAAAAACUUGACAUCGAUCAAUCUUGCAAAACCUCGCAUAUAUAGUCUAUCAAAUCCUGGAGGUACAGAGUCAAACCUUUUAGACUUUGCAACAAUACUCGAGCCUGGCACAUCGAUCACCAAGAUUGUUUAUUCCGCCUACUAUGAUUGGAAUAAAUUGGAUACCAAAGUCAAGAUUAAUCUAAGAGUCGUGUCGUUGUAUCAAAAUAGCCAAGGGGUGUAUCCUGAUCUCAACCAAAAAGAUUUCCCAAAGCUCGAGCACGUCCACAUCUCGGAUCUUGAUACAAUCGAAAAUGAAUCAAGUCUGCCUGUCAUACCAGAAAGUGUUUCGAAAAUUACCUUUUUUUCGACCGCGUCUCGUGCGACUUCAUUCGAGAACAAGUGGUUCAAGAUACCAAACGUCAAAAUCGUUAAACUUAAAUCCUAUAAUAUUUCAAGCAAUUGCUUGGGUUUGGAUCAAAAAAGCAUUUGCAAAUUAAUUACCUAUUCAGCGUUGGAUAUUGUACAAAGUCAAGUUGAUUGGUUUAGAAACAAAUUGGGUUAUGAAUACAUUGGUUCAACAUUUAAAGAUUAUAAAUCUUUCAAAAAAUUAUCAUUUAAAAGAAUAUUAAUUGAUAGUAAUAAUUAUAUUAAAAGUAAUGAUGACCAAGAAAUGAUUCAACACUAUUUCAAAGUUAAAAAUCAAUGUGCUGUACAUUUUUCAACAACCGAACCGUUUGCACCACUCAAUCACACAACAGUCGAAUCAAAUCGAUCGAGAUUACAAUUGACACUCAUAUCCAAAGAUAUAUUUGAAUAUAUCGCCUCCAACUUUUUCAACAAUAUCUUUUCCUCCUCCCAUCCAUCCCUCGGAGAAAAUUUCAGUCAAUACAAUAUCUACUCGACUCUACCAGACAAUAUCAAACAGUCUCUCCGAUCAAUUUCAACUACAUUCAAACAAGGAGGAGGAGGAUAUAAUAUUAAUAGUCUAGAUGAAUUUCCAAAUUUGACAAGUUUGGUCAUUAAUGUCUGGCACAAAACUACACCGUCACAUCCACUCCCAAAGACAAUCACCAAAAUCAUUUCAAAUAAUUUCAAGGCAAUCGAUUUCUUUGUCCUUGCCAAUACAUCAGUUGUCACCUUUAAGAUGUUGCAUUUUGGAGAUAUCGAAAACUGGAUGUUGACCAAUUUAAUGAAAUUGUCACCAAUCAAACACGUCACAACAGUCAUUAUGCAAAUCAAAUCGCCACCACCCAUAUUUGAUUUGGGUGAUAGACCCGAUUUCAAUCUAUGUGCAAGUUAUUCAUACUUCUUCUUGUUAGUCUUACUUUUUAAGAAAAUGUAUAAUAAUAGUAGCAGUAGUAAUAGUAAUAACUCUACCACCUCUACCUCUAAUCAAAUUUUAGAAAAGUUAAAGUUAUUUGAUUUCUAUCCAAAGUUGGAUGAAUCUGUACAUCAAACGAAAUCAAUCUAUGGAGGUAUAGCAACCGUCAUUUGUAUCAUAGUAACAGUAUUCCUCUUGACGUCAGAGUUGUACUAUUACACCUUUCCCAUCAGAGAUCAUUCACUACGUGUUGAUGUGUCGCGUGGCAAUCGAAUGAACAUCAACUUUGAUGUACACUUUCCAUCGUUGAUUUGCUCAGACAUUAUAGUCGAGAGUGUUGACGGUGUCGACGGCAAACCCAUCAAAGAUGCAGCUCACCAAAUCGUCAAGGAACGUCUCAACAGAAGAGGCUCUCCUCUUGAACGUCUUCACGCUCGUGCAGGUCUCUUUUCUUGCACCAAGUGUGAGUUGCCACCAAAGUAUCAACUAUUAGAGAAACGUAAAUGUUGUAAUUCAUGUGAAGAUCUUCGUACUUUUUAUCGUACAAACAAGGUCCCUCAACAUUUGGCUGAUGAAUCUCCACAAUGUACAAUUGGUAAACCUGUUACUGAAGAUGAAGGUUGUAGAGUUUUUGGUAUAUUAUCAGUUCAAAAGAUGAAAGGAGAUAUUCAUAUCAUUGCGGGUAGACCACACGAAGAAUCACAUGAUGGUCAUAGUCAUCAUGUACAUAAAUUGACACCAGAGAUUGCUCAACGAAUUCAUAAAUUCAAUAUUUCACAUCAUAUUCAUAAAUUCUCUUUUGGUCAAGAUGUUGAAGGUUUAAUUAAUCCUUUGGAAGGUUUUGGAAUUGUUGUACCAAUGGGACUUGGAUUACAAACUUAUUACCUUCAAGUUGUACCAACCAUUUAUAAACAAAAUAAUUAUAUUUUAGAGACUAAUCAAUACAGUUAUACACGUGAAUACAAAUCAAUCAACUAUAAUAAUCUUGGAUACCUCUUCCCAGGUAUCUAUUUCAAAUACGAUCUUAGUCCACUUAUGAUUGAAGUCGAUCAAAGUUCAAAACCAUUCUCUGAAUUGAUUACUUCUAUUUGCGCCAUUGGUGGUGGUAUGUACGUUGCUUUUGGUCUAUUCUAUCAUGUUACUGCUAGGAUUGUUGGCAAGAUAAAGAAACAAAAAUAA